AUGGCGGCCGGUCACACCAUGGAAGACGUGCAGGCGAUGCUGAAGAAAUAUGUUCUUCCAGUCGGUUUGUCAGCAGCUGCCUUUGGAGUUUUAAUAGUGCUAAAGCGUCUUGGAAUAAUAUAUCAGCUAUUCCAUAAGGUAGAUACAAAUUCAAAAAAACAUGGAGGAGAAAUUGUUGCUGAUGUUUUAAAAGCGCAUGGUGUGAAGAAUAUUUUCACUCUUGUUGGAGGUCACAUAUCACCUAUUUUGGUAGCCUGUGAAAAACUUGGAAUUAGAGUUGUUGACACGAGACAUGAGGCGACAGCGGUAUUUGCUGCAGAUGCCGUGGCGCGCUUGUCUGGGACCGUGGGAAUUGCUGCCGUCACAGCAGGGCCAGGUCUGACGAACACGGUGACAGCUGUGAAGAAUGCCCAGAUGGCCGAGUCACCUGUCCUGGUUAUGGGGGGAGCUGCUGCAACCCUUCUCAAGGGCAGAGGAGCACUUCAGGACAUUGACCAGAUGUCCCUGUUUAAACCUCUGUGUAAGUUCUGUGCGACUGUGAAUAGUGUGAGAGAGAUCGGCCCCACAGUGAGGAAGGCCCUACAGGCGGCCCAGUCAGGGACACCUGGCCCGGUCUUUGUGGAGUUCCCCAUAGAUGUUCUGUACCCAUACAGUAUUGUGAAGAAGGAGAUCGGGAUGAAGGAUGGAGGCCCUACAAGUCUGGGUCAAAAGGUCAUUAACUGGUACCUACAAAACCACCUGAACAAUUUGUUUGCUGGUGCAUUUGAAGCGCGGGACACUCAACCCCUGCCUGUGGAACUCCCCUUAGCCAGCCGCUCCCAAGUUCAGAAGUGUGUAGAGUUGAUCUCUAAAGCCAAGAGGCCUGUGAUAUUGUUAGGAAGCCAGGCUACACUACCCCCCACCCCGGCCGAUGACCUCAAGGCAGCUUUAGAGAGUCUGGGAAUUCCAUGUUUUCUGGGAGGGAUGUCCAGGGGCCUUCUGGGUAGGAAGAGCCCUAUACAAGCUCGGCAGCAGCGCCGUGAUGCCCUGAAGGAAGCGGAUGUGGUCGUGAUGGCAGGUGCUGUUGCUGACUUCAGAUUAGGAUAUGGACGUGUACUGAGUAGAAAAUCCAAAAUCAUCGCUGUCAACAGAAAUAAGGAGCAGCUUUAUAAAAACUCUGACAUGUUUUGGAAGCCACAUGUGGCUGUCUUGGCUGAUGUGGGCAGUUUUGUUGUAAGUCUGAGCAAAGGUCUGAAGGGGUACAGAUGUGAUCCUGACUGGCUGGCCAAAUUACAGCAACGGGAUGAAGACAAAGAGAGAGCUAACAGGGACAAGGCUAACGAAAAAACAGCUAUUCAUUUGAACCCUCUGAAGGUGUUGCAUGUUGUGGAGGAAAUGUUAGAUGAUGACAGUAUUAUAGUGGCUGAUGGAGGAGACUUUGUGGGCAGUGCUGCAUACAUCCUCAGACCACGUGGACCUUUGAGGUGGCUGGACCCUGGAGCGUUUGGUACCCUCGGGGUUGGGGGUGGGUUUGCCCUGGGGGCCAAACUGUGUCGCCCAGAAAGUGAGGUCUGGGUCAUCUAUGGGGACGGCUCUCUGGGCUACAGUGUAGCAGAAUUUGAUACCUUCACCAGACACAAGACGCCAGUGAUUGCUGUGGUGGGAAAUGAUGCUGGCUGGACCCAGAUUGCCAGAGAACAAGUACCGAUGUUUGGGAGUGAGGUGGCCUGUAAUCUAGCUUUCUGCGAUUAUCACACAGUUGCCGAGGGUUACGGAGGUAAAGGAUUAAUCCUGGACUGUUAUAAUGAGGACAAAAUGGUGGAUGUCAUUCAGGAGGCCAAGGACAAAUGUCGUCAGGGAGACAGCGUGUUGCUCAACGUUUUGAUUGGCAAGACCAACUUCAGAGAAGGCAGUAUAUCUGUGUGAAUGGGUCCACCUAUUUACUCUAUAAAAUCGGAGACAAGUUUGAUCUGUAUUGAAUGAAUAUGAUAUCUCAAGUGGAUAGUGGACCUCAUUAUUAAACAGUAGCAUUUACUUGAUUCUUUGAAAUGACGAAGCUUAAUUUCCUGCUCAGGUAAAAAUGCUGACUUGAAGUACAUGGAUUUGGGUACAGGUGUGUGAACUUCUGGAAAUAAUGAUGCAUUUAGUAUUAUUGGGUAAAGGACCAUAAAAUAUGAAUGCAUUUGACAUAUCCAUCGAUUAUAAAUCUUGCCAUCUGCAUCCUUUACCUAUAUUGUAUUUACGUUCGUUAGGGCAUUUUGUUACAUUUUGAUUGGGUGAUAACAAUACCAAGUUGAUUAUCAGGAUAUACAUUAUCCAUGUAUACUAUAGUAUCGUA